UUGCCUGUGCCCGUGUGAGUUCUGCCAAGUCGCCGUCGGUCACAGCCACUUUUCCACUCUCCAUAAAGCCAGCCCUUUUGCAUAUUCCACUGGCAGGCAUUAGAUGUUGAAAAUUCCCACCCAGUCACCAACGCUGCCUUGCUGGGGCAUCUAAUUCCAUCCAUCCUCUGGCAGCCGUGGCGGUGGGUCGCCCCGUCCUGGGCUCGAGCUUACACGCCAAAAGCAAAUAAAAAGGCACAGCUGGCUUUUAGUGCGGUCCGCUGCUGCACUUGGGUGCUGCUUGGGAGACGCUCUGCUGCGAGCCAUGCGCUGCUGGCCCUGAACCCUCACUCGACCCAGACAAGGACAAGAAUAAAAUCAGCAAGAUGCCUUCUCAGGCUGCGCCCGCCACCAACGGCCAGGCUCCCAUCGUGGCUCCCCCGGCCAAGGCUCUGGCCGAGUUCCUGCAGCCACUACGCAUCGACGCCGCCCUCAUCCACAAGCUCGCGCAGGACCUGAGCGAAACCUUUGUCCAUCUGGCCGCCAAUUCGGACGACCAGUUCCUGCCCACGCCCAUCUCGCAGUCGAUAUUAUCACACCCUAUCGACGAUAUCACCUCGGGCCCACAUUUGGCUAUUGAUAUCGGCGGCACAAAUCUCCGCGUUGCCUUCGUGGAGCUGGCACAUGAUGCGCCGCAGGACAGCGAAGCAGAGAACCAGCCCCUGCGCAGGCACCUCGAGCACAGUUGGCCCAUCGGCGAGCACCUGAAGAAUGAGAACGCCAAGGGCCUGUUUGCCUGGAUCGGCGCCCGCAUCGCCCAAGUCGUGGCCAAGGCAUGCGCUCAGCAGCUUCGCGGCAUCGCUGCCGCCACCGAACUCCCCCUCGGCGUCACCUUCAGCUUCCCCAUGGACCAGGAAACCCUCAACACGGCCUCGCUGCGCCAGAUGGGCAAAGGAUUCGCCAUAACCUCGCGCCUAGAUCUCGGCCAGCACCUGCUCGACGGCUACGAGUCCAGCCGCGGCAAGCUGCCUCGCAUCCGCAUCGCCGCCAUCACCAACGACGCCGUCGCCACCCUGCUUUCCUUCAUGCAUCAGUUUUCGGCGUCGUCGACAUCGCGGACGGCAACGGCGGCGGCGGCGAUCCAACGGCGGCCUGUCAUGGGCCUCAUCUGCGGCACCGGUUGCAACGCGACCGUGUUCAUGGGUCUCGGGGGCCUCAAGCAGAGCAAGCGCCCCAAGAAGGUGCAGACCUUGCCGGGAGACGGCGGCGGCGGCGGCGAGCAACUGAGCAUCGCCGUCAACACGGAGUGGUCCAUCAACGGGUCCGCCGGCCCCCUGCGCAACAACGGUCUCGUCAGCCGCUGGGACGACAUGGUCAGCGCCGCAGCCGAGAAGCCGGGCUUCCAGCCGCUCGAGUACAUGACGGCCGGCCUCUACCUGGGCGAGAUUGGCCGCCUCGCGCUCGUGGACUACCUGACCAACGUGCUCAGAAAGGACCCCAAGGCGUUUCCGGAGAAGCUGCUGCGGCGCUUCGAGCCCCGCAACACGACGUUCCUCAGCCACUUCAGCCCAGGCCAGGAUGGGAACUGGUCGGGCCUGGUGGACCGGCUGAACGACGAGUUCCCUACGGGCGGCGCGCAGCGGCCGCUCGAGGGCAUCGAGAACCGCCCAACGGCAACGGCGGCAGCGGCUGGGUUCCGCUGGACCGAGGACAUGGCGCAGGCCCUGUACCACAUCGCGCGGGCCAUCGAGUUCCGCGCCGCCGGCAUCAUCGCGGCGUCCACGGUCGGGCUCCUCCGGUGCUCGGGCGCGCUCCCGUCGGCCGCCGAACUGGCGGCGGCCGGCGCCGCCGAGCUGCACCUCGGCGUCGGCUACACGGGUGGCUGCAUCACAAACUUUCAGGACUACCUGCAGCACUGCCAGGAGCUGCUCGACGAGCUCGUCGCGCGCGAGUACGGCGACGACGACGGCUGCUCGACUCGGGUGCGCAUCGUGCUGGAGCCCUGCCACGACGGCGGCAUAGACGGCGCGGGCAUCCUGGUCCCUGCUGCCGUGGCCUCGGGGAUUUAGAGAGCGUGUUUGGUGGCCUGGGGGCGUUGCUCUGGUCUUGACAUGCCACGUAGAAUAGAGGGGGGGUGAUACAAGGAUUUCGCCAUGUCUUUUUUUUUUCUUCUUCUCUGCUUCUCCCGUUCUGAAUGGCGAACGCCAGACAUUUCCAUGUACUUUUAGUGGUAUCGAGGUGAUGGGUCAAAGGGGACGAUCAUAUCGAGAUGCCGAUGCGAUGGGCUAAUACAUUUAUGAUUUCAGUUUGGGUAUCGAUGGCGGUGAUAUCGCC